AUGUCAAGUCAGCAACAGUCGUUAACCGUGCUGAUAUCGGCCACUCCAGGCUGGGGCCACAUCAACGCUGCCGCGGGGGCUGUCUCCGGUCUGCUGAAGGCUGGCCACCACCGACUGGUGUACCUCCUGGAGGAGUCCUUUGCCGGGAAGCUGGCGCCGCUGGGCUUCGAAGAGCUGCUCUAUUCCAAUGCGGAGGUGGACGCCCAGGGGAAGAAGGUGACCAGAAGCGCCGGGGAGAAGCAGGCCGAUGACCUGCUGGUCAGCAGGAUGUUCGGUCCCGACUCGCCGGAGGAGAAGAUGCGCACGAUGGUCGCCUACCUCGAUGGGCCGCUGCGGCUGGCCGAUAUUGCCGUGCUCGACCAGGCGCUGAAGCGGGCGAUCAGCUCGGUGGCGCCUGAUGUGAUCUUCUACGACGGAAACGCCUGUCCCCCGGCGAUCCACUACUCAGGCGUGCCCUGGGUUCGCGUUCUCAGCAAUGCGCCGCUGAUGUACGCUCAGGAUGAAAGUCUGCCGCCGGGAGCUUCAGGCUACCCUUCCAAUGGCGCCAACAAGGCCGAGUGGGCGGCCUUCAACGAGCUUCGGCGGGGCCUCUUCUACGGUCGGCCGCUGAACGACAAGAUUGAGGAGCUCGGCUACGAGCGGUAUCCAGGUGACGCCCGGUCGCCCGCCGACUCGCCCAUGCUCACCGUCUACGCGACGCCCGAGGAGCUCAACUACGAACCGAUUCGCCGGAUAGCGGGCUGGUUCAACCUGGAGGUCUUCAACAAGAACGAAAGCAGAGAGCUCAUUGAUCUACAGAAGCUUCUGCCGGAGGAGUUUCUGCGCGACCGAUCCAGUGGCGAAAAGUACAGCGGAAAGCUCAUCUACGUCUCAAUGGGCUCCCUGGGCUCGGUUGACCUGCAGCUGAUGAAGCGGCUGGUGGAGGUGCUGGGUGCCACCCGCCACCAGUACAUCUUCUCAAAGGGCGCCAAGGCGGAGCAGUACGAGCUGGCGGCGAACAUGUGGGGCGACCGCUUCCUCCCGCAGACCUCCAUCAUCCCCCAGGUCGACCUGGUGAUCACUCAUGGUGGAAACAACUCGGUGACGGAGACCUUCGCCCACGGCGUGCCCAUGAUUGUGCUGCCCAACUUUGCCGACCAGUUCGACAAUGCGCAGCGCCUGGCGGAGACCGGCCUGGGCGCUCGCCUCGAUCCGUACCG